CUAAGCUUUAGGAUGCGCGGCGCGCUGGUUGCCGUCGCCGCCGGCGCGGCCGCGUGGGCGCCCGCGUUUCGUUACGACGCGCUGCCGCGACGACCCACCAGACGCGCUGCCGCGACGACCCACGGGGACCAGAUAGUCGUGGCCCUGACGCGCGAGGCCGGCAAGAACGGCGGCCUCGCGCGCGCGCUCGCCGAGCAUCACAUAGAAACGGUCGAGGUGCCCUGCGUCUCCACCCAGAGGACGCCCCAGAUGGACGCCCUUCUUGAUAGCGCGCUGCUUUUUGCAGAAGACCCCUGGGACUGGGUCGUCGUGACGUCGCCCGAGGCCGCCAAGACGUUUGGCGCGGCGGUCGCGCGCGCGGGCCUCGGCGCGACGCGCGAUGCGAAAUGGAGGGCCUUCCGGCUCGCGGCCGUCGGCGGCGCGACGGCCGCGGCGCUGGACGCGUGUCAGGAUUUGAGGCCGUGGCGCGGGAGUUCGUUCACGCCCGCGACGGCGACGGCCGCCGCACUUGCGAAGGCGCUGCCCGACGACUCGGGCCGGCGCGUGCUCUUCCCCGCGUCGGCGCUCGCCGCGCCGACCUGUGUGGAAAUCAAAAUUUUACGGCGCGUUCGUGCUGAAUCAUCGCGUCGACCUCCACGCCAUCGACGCGACACCUGCUCGAUGGCGUGGCGAUGUCGGUUCUUCACCGCUCGACGGAGCCAGCGCGGCCACGUCAUCGCCGAGAAAUGACUUAGUGAAGAAUUGUCGGGUGCACCCGACACACUGGUUGAUUUCCACACAGGCGCCGACGCUCGAGGAAGGGCUCAAGGAGAGAAACUUCGCCGUGACACGCGUCGACGCGUACACGACGGCGCCGGCGCCGUGGUCUCCUGAAGAUGCCGCGGCGGCGGCCUCCGCGGAUGUCGUCGCCGUCGGCUCGCCGUCCGCCGCGCGCGUCUGGGCCGCGCGCGCUUCCGUGAACGUCCGCGCCGCGUGCGUCGGCGCGACGUCGGCCGACGCGUGCGUCGAACUGGGCUUCGGGCGGGACCGCGUCUUCGCGCCGGCGAAGCCGGGCCUCGCGGGCUGGGCGGGCGCGGUGCGGGACGCCGUCGCGGCGCUCGCCUAG